UUGACUUGUGGAACCCUUGCAAGCCCAUGUGGACUACGGGUAGAAUGAGCAAUGCAAAGAGCCGGCUUGGACUUGGCACAUCCUUGUACUUCUGGGCACUGAUGGACCUUACAAACACCGUUCUCUCCAGUACUGCAAUGCCAGGAGUUGAACUAGAAACACCCUUCUCAGACAGGGCACAGUCACAUCAGCGAAGCAAGAGGAGCUGGGUUUGGAAUCAAUUUUUCGUGCUGGAAGAGUAUACUGGGACUGACCCUUUGUAUGUUGGCAAGCUUCACUCAGAUAUGGACAGGGGAGAUGGAUCCAUCAAAUACAUCCUUUCAGGAGAAGGAGCAGGCAUCGUGUUUACUAUUGACGACACUACUGGAGACAUCCAUGCCAUUCAGAGGCUGGACCGGGAGGAAAGAGCCCAAUAUACUUUAAGGGCUCAAGCCCUAGAUAGGCGGACAGGCCGGCCAAUGGAGCCAGAGUCAGAGUUCAUCAUCAAAAUCCAAGAUAUCAAUGACAAUGAGCCCAAGUUUCUGGAUGGACCUUACCUUGCCACUGUGCCAGAAAUGUCUCCAGUAGGUACCUCUGUUAUCCAAGUGACAGCCACAGAUGCUGAUGAUCCAACCUAUGGCAACAGUGCCCGAGUCGUGUACAGCAUUCUCCAGGGCCAGCCAUAUUUUUCUGUGGACUCCAAAACAGGUGUAAUCAGAACAGCACUCAUGAACAUGGACAGAGAAGCCAAAGAAUACUAUGAAGUAAUUAUCCAAGCCAAGGACAUGGGAGGACAGCUUGGAGGAUUAGCUGGGACCACAACAGUCAACGUCACCCUCUCAGAUGUCAAUGAUAACCCACCCCGCUUUCCCCAGAAACAUUAUCAGAUGAGUGUGCUGGAAUCAGCUCCAAUUAGCUCCACUGUGGGAAGAGUGUUUGCCAAGGACUUGGAUGAAGGGAUCAAUGCAGAGAUGAAAUAUACUAUUGUGGAUGGAGAUGGUGCAGACACUUUUGAUAUUAAUACAGAUCCAAAUUUCCAAGUUGGCAUCAUAACUGUGAAGAAGCCCCUGAGUUUUGAAAGCAAGAAAAGCUACACUCUGAAGGUGGAAGGAGCCAACCCUCACCUAGAGAUGCGUUUUCUGAACCUUGGUCCAUUUCAGGACACGACAACAGUGCACAUCAGUGUGGAGGAUGUGGAUGAGGCCCCUGUGUUUGAACCUGGCUUUUAUUUUGUGGAGGUGCCUGAGGAUGUGACGAUCGGAACAACCAUACAGAUCAUUUCCGCCAAGGACCCAGAUGUGACCAACAACUCAAUCAGAUACUCCAUAGACAGAAGCAGUGAUCCUGGGAGAUUUUUCUAUGUUGACAUUACAACAGGAGCUCUAAUGACAGCAAGACCACUAGACAGAGAAGAGUUUUCUUGGCAUAAUAUAACAGUCCUCGCUAUGGAAAUGAACAAUCCCUCCCAAGUGGGAAGUGUUGCUGUCACAAUCAAAGUCUUAGACGUGAAUGACAAUGCUCCAGAGUUCCCCAGAUUCUAUGAAGCAUUUAUCUGUGAGAAUGCCAAAGCCGGACAGCUCAUCCAGACAGUGAGUGCCGUGGAUCAAGACGACCCUCACAAUGGUCAGCAUUUCUACUACAGUUUGGCUCCCGAGGCUGCUAACAACCCCAACUUCACUGUCAGGGACAACCAAGAUAAUACCGCUCGAAUUCUAACCAGGAGAGCUGGCUUCCGGCAGCAGGAGCAGAGUGUCUUCUACCUGCCCAUCCUCAUAGCCGACAGCGGACAGCCAGUGCUCAGCAGUACGGGCACACUCACCAUCCAAGUGUGCAGCUGCAAUGAUGAUGGCCACGUCAUGUCCUGCAGCCCAGAGGCCUAUAUGCUCCCAGUCAGUUUGAGCCGGGGAGCUCUCAUCGCCAUCCUGGCCUGCAUUUUUGUCCUCUUGGUGCUGGUGCUGCUCAUCCUGUCCAUGAGACGGCACCGCAAGCAGCCCUACGUCGUGGACGACGACGAGCACAUCCACGAGAACAUCGUGCGCUACGACGACGAGGGCGGCGGCGAGGAGGACACGGAGGCCUUCGACAUCGCGGCCCUGUGGAACCCGCGCGAGGCGCAGGCGCAGGCGCAGGCGCAGGCGGGCGCCGCCCCGCGGACGCGCCAGGACAUGCUCCCCGAGAUCGAGAGCCUGUCCCGCCGCGUGCCGCAGGCGUGCGCGCUCAGCAGCACGGUGCACGGCUACGUGCUGGCCAAGCUCUACGAGGCCGACUCGGACCUGUGGGCGCCGCCCUUCGACUCCCUGCAGACCUACGUGUUCGAGGGCGACGGCUCGGUGGCCGGCUCGCUCAGCUCUCUGCACUCGGCCACCUCGGACUCGGAGCAGAGCUUCGACUUCCUCACGGACUGGGGGCCCCGCUUCCGGAAGCUCGCAGAACUCUACGGGGCGGCGGAGGGGCCUGCGCCCGUGUGGUGA